AUGUCGUCCAUGAUAAACUCCACUAAAAAUCGUUUUUCACCAACUCGUAUGUUCCAAACGAAACUUGGUAGUGAAUCUCCACCGCCUCAUUUAGCGUUAACAUCACCACCACCAAUAAAACAUUGGUAUCAAACUUGUCAUGAAACCGUAUUAGCAUCAAAUGGUAAUAAUCAUUCAAUACAAUUAAAUUUAACAGGUGGUGCUGAUAAUGGUCAAUUUGUUUAUUUCAAUGAAUUAAUAUCAUUAUUAAAAAACAAUCAAACGUCAUUUAUUAUUCUAAAAGGUGGUAAAAUCGAUAUAGAUGAAAUUAUACUCGAAAUCGAUCAACAUAAAGUUGCUGGUUGUACAUUAGCUGAUGUCAAAUUAGUUAUUGAAACACUUUCCAGUAAUGGAAAACAAAUUAAAUUGAAAACUGUCAAAUCGGGUUUAACCAAAGAUCUACGUCAAUUUCUUGAUGCACGUUUUCAAAAAGGUUCAAUAGAUCAUGACCUUCAACAAACAAUACGCGACAAUCUGUAUAUGCGAACAGUUCCUUGUACAACUCGCCCAUCACGCCCCGGAGAAAUAAACGGACAAGAUUAUACAUUCUUAAGUACAAAAGAUUUUCGUAUACUAGAGAAAAGUGGACAUUAUUACGGAACUCCACGACCACCAAAAGAACCUCUUUUAUCAAACGGACAACAUCAAUAUCUUUCUUCAACAAAUAACAAUAAUCAUUUACGACGUAGUAAUUCAGCGAACGAAAUGUUUCAACAACAGCGUACAGCUGAUAAUGGAUCAGAAACUAAUGGUGGUAUGCAUUAUCAAUAUCCAAAUAAUGAUCCGGAAUUUUUCGUUGGUCAUAGUCCUAAUGAACAAAUGUUUCAUCAAUCCAAUGGCGAAAAUCAAGCAUCAUUAACUACACGAUCGAUGAUGAAUGAAAAUUCUCUUCCAACAGCACCACAUUUAUCAGGUGAAUUAAUUUCCUGUUCAUUACAAAAAAGUCAAACUGGUUUUGGUUUUACUAUUAUUGGUGGUAAUGAAAAAGGUGAACAUUUUCUUCAAAUUAAAGAUAUUUUACCUGAUGGACCAGCAGCACGAGAUGGAAAACUUCGUCGAGGUGAUAUUCUUGUUUAUGUCAAUGAUACUAAUGUUUUGGGUUUUAGUCAUACUGAUGUAGUUCGCAUAUUUCAAUCCUUAUCGAUUAAUGAUAUUAUACGUUUGACUGUUUGUCGUGGCUAUCCACUUGUUGUCAAUUUUGAUGAUCCACAAAUUGAUGUUGUUUCAUUAAAUGGUGUUCAUAAUUCAUUAUCAGUUAAUAGUUUACCGAAUGGUGGAUACACAGAAUAUCAACCGAAUUCUCAUCUUAAUAAUUCUACUCGUCUUUAUACAAUUAAAAUUCGAAAAGGUGAUAGUGGCUUUGGCUUUACUGUUGCUGAUAGUCCACUGGGACAACGCGUUAAAGCCAUUGUUGAUAAGCAACGUUGUCAAGAUCUAUGUGAAAAUGAUUUACUGUUAUCGAUUAAUGGACAAGAUUUAAUUGGUAAACAACACACUGAAGUUGUUGAUAUACUUGUUAAAUGUUCCAAAGAUAUGGACACUACAUUUGUCAUACGAAGAGGUGACCCCGACGUCAAUAAUAAUAACAAUAACAAUAAUAAUAAUAAUAUCAAUAUCAAUACCAACAAUAACAACAAUAAUAAUCAAUUUUUAUUAAAUGGUACCAAUCGUUUUGAUAAAUAUAAUCAGGAAAACGAUCAAAUCGAUACGCGAUACUCAUCAUCCAAACUAAAUGAAAAACCUCGCAGUAAAACUCCAACUCCUUUUGGCUCAACACCAUUAGCUGAUACAUUACCAUUACGCUCCAGAACACCAUUACCAACAUCUUCAGCAACAUUAAAUAAUCAUCAAAGAUCACAUCCAACAUCAACUGAUAAUAAUAAUCCAUACGAUAAUAAUUUAAGUUUUCUUGCACCAAACAGUGUUGAUACAUCAACUCCAAUCAUUGAAACAGAAUUAUCUCCAAAUUCGAUGAAUAAUUUUAAUCGUCAAACAGCGUGGUCUCGUAGUGCACGUGACAUACGAACAACAACAACAACAUCAACCACAAAUGGAAAUGCUCCUAUAUUACGUAGUAAAACUCCAGGACCAGAAUUUGGUACAACAAUAACAUCAUCGUAUCGCGCUAAUACAUUGAUGGGAAUGAAACAACGAAGUAAAACACCAACAGCUAACGAUUUUUCAUCUAAUGGUCUUCACAAUAGUCGAUCAUUACAAUCUGUUCAUCCACAAUAUUUUGAAUUAGUUGUCAAUUUAACAAUUUUACGUCCGAAUGAUGGUUUCGGUUUAAGAAUUGUUGGUGGUGAAGAAGAAAAAUCUCAAGUAUCUGUCGGUCGUAUUGUACCUAAUUCACCAGCAUAUAUUGACGGUCGACUUCGUAAAGGUGAUGAAAUCAUUAAAAUCGAUGGUCACUCAACAAUACGUGCAUCACACGAACGAGUCGUUCAAUUAAUGCAACAAGCCAAAGACAAUCAACGUGUCAGUUUAAUUGUUCGACGUUAUUUAUAUCCAAAUAAUAAUCAACUAUCAAACCAAUAUAAUCAAACAGAUUUUGAUUCAUAUAUAACAAAUGAUUUUCGUACUAAUUCAAUAAAUGAUAAUGGAAUACGCCAUGUUACAUUACAAAAACUCAAUGAUAAUCAAAGUUUUGGUUUUGUUAUUAUAUCAUCACAAAAUAAGGCCGGUGCUACUGUUGGUAAAAUAAUACCAAAUAGCCCCGCUGACCAAUGUGGUCAACUUCAUGUUAACGAUCGUAUCUUAGCUGUAAAUGGUGUUGAUUUAACUCAUAUGUUACAUACCGAUGUUGUUAAUCUAAUAAAAGAUUCUGGACGUACAAUAACACUUAAAAUUGGUCCACCUAUUCAUUUUGAUGAUCGAUCUCAGGAAAUUUCAAAUCCAUUUUCAACCAUGCCCAAAAAUAAUCUAUCGAAUGGCAUUCGACCAUCUUCAUCAUCUUCAAUGGUUAUUGCUAAUGGUAAUCAUCAUCCAUUACCGAAUAACGGAUAUCAUUCUAUGAAUACUGAACGUCAUUCGAUAAGAAAUGCAUUUUCACAUAAUCCGUUGAAUAUUCUUGAAAGAAAUCAAAACCGCCCACCGUCAAGAGUCAAUGGUGUUUUGAAAUCAUCAUCGUCAUCUGCAGAUGAUUAUUUUACUGUUGAUCUUCAACGCCCAUAUCCAACUUCAAGUUUUGGCUUUAGCAUUCGUGGUGGAAGAGAAUUCUCUAUUCCAUUAUUUAUAUUAAAAUUAGCUGAAAAUGGCCCAGCUGCACGAGAUGGACGAAUGAAAUCGGGAGAUCAAAUUAUUGAAAUUAAUGGCCGUUCAACAUAUGGUAUGACUCAUAAUGAAGCUAUAUCAUUAAUUCGGGAUGGUGGUCUUCAUGUUCGAUUAUUAAUAAGAAAAACAAAUGCACCUCCACCAAGUCUUGAUGAACUAAAAAUACCAAUGGCACCAGUUGGAAAUGGUAUGGAUUACUAUAAUCCUGGUCAAAGCAGCCAUUGGCAACCAAGUGGUUAUACUUAA